AUGGCUGACAUUGGACCUCUCCUUGAUAUCGAUCCAAAAUGCAUACGUCCGUCAGAAUGGCUGGCUUGUGGCUCAAUACCCAGGUCUCGAUACUCGGCUGCGUGGCCGAUUAUUGGCGGACGCAUUUACUUCGACGAAGGCAGCGAUAAGGAUCUGGUUGAUCUCUUCAUGGACGUACGUGGAUACGCGCCCGACCGUUUCCGCGAACAUGACGAUUUUCAACCAUAUGUGUAUGACUGGGACGAGGAAUGUUUCGUUGGAACUGAGAGCUGGCGUACGUCGAGUGCGUCAAUCCAAGAGACGGGUGUGGCAGGCGCAGGGCUGGGGCUUGGGCUUGCCCUAUCGCAGUUUGCGCGGCCGACGCCAUUUGGGUACGCUGGCUAUCUUCGCGGGAUGGUUGUGAUGGACUGA